AUGGCUUGUCAACAAACGGCGGAGGCGACUCUCUACUCUACCUCCACAUCCCUCAUUCUACAGACCGCCACUUCCUCGUCCGCAGUGAUCUACACACCGUCUCCUUCCACUUCCACAUGGGUGAACACAGCUUGUCCGACCGCCUCAGCCGUUCGGGAUGACUUGGGCAACAUGAUUGUAUCUGCCAGCUCUCAAAGCGACGGCGCGUCGACGUCCAACAGCGAUGUCACUCUGGAAAUGACCGACAGUAGCUCCUCCGGACCGACAUGGUCUACUUCUAUGACUGCCCAGAGCAGUGUGACUGGCUCACAGACUGAAGCUACUACUCAGACAUCCCCGGUGGAUUUGUUCAGUAGUGCCAGUCAACAACUGGACCCUACCCAAAGCUCGGAAAGUUCCGGGCAAGCGCCUAUAUCCUCAGAGAGCUCGUCCGCCUCGCAGAUCCGCAGCCAAUCUUCUAUGACCACGACCCCCUUAUCCUCCCCCACGACUUCCACGUUCUCUACAACGGCUUCCGCAUCCUUGGCUGCCACGUCAUCUAUAGCCCCCCCCCUUUCUCUGAGACCAUCUCAGACGAUCUGGGGAGAAUGCGAGAGUACUUCGAGUACUGAAUGGGCUGAACCAACAUCAUCAAGCUGGGCGGACGGGAGUGCUUGGACGUACUCUAGCUCGGAGGAAGGCUACUGGGCGGAAUAUCCCAGCUCUUCGGAAUCAGAUGAGUGGUGGAGCAGCUCGUCAUCUUGGACAGAGGCGUGGUCUGAUAGCGCUUCAUCCAUAGCCUCUACCACAGACGGCAACUCGUUUAAUGCUGCUAUCAGCUCGACUACGAGUACCACAGCAACGUUAACUUCCCAUGGGCCUACAACAAUUUCCCUGUCUACUCAGUCGCCUACCUCUACGUCCAGCACCACACCUACUCCUACCAAUUCCUCUUCCGCGGCAGCGGUAGCAGCAGCCAGCGAUGCUGCAACCUCGUCCACCACCACAGCUUCCGCAUCCACCGCAGAGGGCAACUCUCCUCAUAUCAACAAAUCUGUCUCAAUCGGCGCGACCGUAGGCGGAGUCUUUGGGCUCUUCACCUUCCUUGCAAUGUGUCUUUACGCGGUGCGCUGGUGGAAGAUGCGAGGACGUGUGAAGAGGACAGCGGAACUCAGGAGCAGCUGGUUCUAUGGUGGGGAUGUUCGAGAGUCAAAGAUGUAUGGGACCAACGAAAAGGGAUUCGUACAUGGUGACGCCGAAUCUCAGCUUGAGCGAGAAGCACAGUUGCCCCAGUCUCGCUUCUCGGCGCCUUCCCUCAUCUCGCAUUCUGCUAUACCCGCACUGUUGCAACAGCCGAUAUCUCACAUACGUCAGGGAUCCGGCCGUUUCCCACCCAUUCUUUCGCUCAAGCACCUCCGCCUGGGCUGGAACGCGGACCAGCCUGCUCGGAAUGAGAAUGGUAAUGGGACAGGGACCUGGGUGGACAAGUAUACCACCCACUCGCCUCUAGAAUCUACCCCCACGAGACCGAGACGGCCAGAUGAGACGGUCUCACGCCAUGCUCCAGAUACGGGCAUCACGUGGGGAGCGUCCUAUACUUCGCCCACUGUUGCUCAACUGCACCAUCAGCAACGGGAACAUGGCCAAGGACUCGAAGCGGAAUUCGACCAGGCUGCGCUCAGCGAGGCUUCCCAUUCCGUCUACUCUCGCACAUCCACUUAUACGCAGCACGGCAAUGCUCUCAGCAGAGGCAGCACGCUCAAGUCGAUGCGGGCUGGAGGUGCAGGCGGGGCCAAUGAGGCUGCGGCAACCUUCCCGAUGCCUCCUGUCGACCAUCCCAUUCUCCAUAGUCGAUCUUCGAGCAACAUCGCCCCUCCUCCUCUGACAGAGACUCCCGCCAUCACCUUCUCGCCCAACUCUUCUCAUACUGUUUCUCAAGAUUACUCUAUCACACGUCCUACCCAGCACUCUUCCGGGGUCUGGGAGUACUCUGGAUAUGACGACUCUAGCAGACAUACUUCAUUAUCGGGGACUUUGCAGCUUUCUCGUGAAGCUCCCUUGAUCCAGGGAGGUGGUGUUGAUGACGAAUACAGAGCCACGCGAGACUGGUACGAGAAACCCAUAUGGGAUGGAGGCAUCACGGAAUCUAGUACUGUACCACAUCGUCCGGAGGCUCUAGGUCACUCAAGUCGGAAGAGUGUCAAGAGUGUGAGAUGGGGAGACGAGCACAGAACCUGCAGGACGGUGUUCCUCGAGCAAUUUAGAUGGAGAGUACGAAGGGGCAAGCUCAUGACAUAUCUGAUCCUGGCCACUCUGACAGUAGUCUAUGCGGUGCGGCAUAUGGACGACCUUCUUGGCAUCAGUGCACCCGAACCUCUCGCAAAGCUGUAUUCAAGGUCGUACUAUCGCGCAACAUACGUCAACACAGCACUAGAUGCAGGAUUCUCAAUGGCUAUGAAUAUCAAGCCCCAGUGGCUCAAGGAUAUCUCCAGCAUGGUAUUCUCGGGAUACUAUCUGCUGUAUGCCAGAGAAGGUGAUGAAGUGUUACGACGCUUCAGGGCUGUCUGCUCUGUUGAGAUGCUGAGAACGACAUGGGACAAGACCAACAACCCAUAUAUCCGUCUUUUGACCGCUCGCCAUCGCCCCAAACUCCCUAUAGUCCGCACCAUCUUCAUUCCCAGGCCCCCGCAAUCAUCGCGUGCCUCUCUCCCACCGGUGAAGACUAUGCUCUUCUUCUCCGGAUCGGAAGCAGAGCUCGCUCAAGCCACCGAACUUAUCGUCGAUUUCCCAGGCGGCGGGUUCAUUGCUAUGAGCCCGGAAUGCCACGAGGAGCGACUUCGAACAUGGGCGCGACGCACGGGGAAGCCUGUGCUAGGUGUCAACUAUGGGAAAGCACCAGAAUAUCCGUAUCCCUGGUCAAUUGAAGAAGGUUUCGACGCGUACCGCACGUUGAUAGAGACCAAGGGCAACGUUAUUGGUAUAGCAAGCGGUCGUCUGGAUAUUGUCCUCAGUGGUGACUCUGCAGGUGGCAACAUAUGUGCCACCAUCAUGCUCCGCAUCAUCGAAUAUCCCACCCACAUUCCCCGCCCGAUCUCCCUCGUUCUUGCUUAUCCGGCUCUGGACUUCAACUUUACAUCUUGGAUGUCUCCACAGAAUCUCCGCGUAUUGCGCACGGAGCAAAGCGAGACUCAAAUUCCUGGCAUGAUCCACGGGAAAGACCACAUGCGCCAUAAAGCACCUCUGAGUGUAGUUGACGAUGUGGAGAAGAAGAGGAGGAGACAGAGGACCUGGGCGGCGAUGAUUUCGGACAAGAUACCCAUGAUGAGUCCAAGGACUGAAGGAUGGAGGAGCAACCCCCAAAGUCCCAAGAGCCCCAGUAAAAGGCUCGCAGACUUGCCUAGGAGCGUGUCGGCAAAGGUCAUGGCUUGGGCUACUGCGGAUGCGGAGGAGGAGGGGAGAUACUCGACAGAGGAGGAGGAUGAAGGGGAUGAGAAGACUGACAGCAAGGUCGUUUGGGGAGCUGAUAAGAGGAAGGAUGCCGAAAAGUCUCUCGCAGACAGGGUGAAGACCCCUAGGGAGGAGAAGAGAUUCGAGUUGACGAGAACAGAGUCUCCUGCGCCCAUGGCGGAAGCAGAGACAGACAAGGAAGCUUUUGAUGCCAAGGUCGAGAAGAAGAGGAAGAAGAAGGGGGCGAUUGGUACGAGGUUGACCAUGACGAGUCGGGUCGGCUACUUUCAAGAUAGGAUCAUUUCGCCUACUAUGAUGCGAGCCAUGGCCAUAUUGUAUAUCGGCCCGCAACGUAAUCCCGACUUUGAAACCGACUACUACAUCUCCCCUAUCCUUGCACCUCCCCAUCUACUCACCCACUUCCCACCCGUCUAUCUGAUUUGCGGCGAGCGAGACCCCUUCGUCGACGACACGGUGAUCUUCUCCGGCAAGAUUCGUUCCGCCAAGCGAGCAAGAAAGGCUGAAGCGGAGACCGCUGCGCUGGGCAAGUCUGCCAAACAUGGCGAAGGACUUAGGAUGUCAACAAGCAAGUCCAAAGCCCGCAGAGAGGAUACUGUGGAUCCAAUUUUGCAAGAAACGGAUGAAGACUGGGUUCAAACGAGGAUCAUCGAAGGCUGGGGUCACGGCUUCAUGCAGAUGUCCAGCCUGAUGAAGGAAGUGGACCCUGUCCUGCUCGAGAUGGCAGAUUGGAUCGACGAGUCUUUCUUGCGAGAGAAGGAUAGGAAACGUGAGGCGGAGGAGCUUUCUGCUGCUGCUCGUCUUUCUGCAUCAACCUAUCCAACGGUCCAGGCAGGGGUCACUGCUCAUGCUGGCACCUCUCUGCAUCUGAAACCUACUCAAGACUAUCCGAGUGUGCCCAAAAAGACUGGCACGGCCGACCUAGGCUCAGCAUACUUUGGUGCCAUUGAAGCUCCAGAGGACGCCAACGACAAUCUGGUCACGUUCACGCCAAAGAACAAGAAGAGGACCCCUCCUCCGUCUGGCUUCCUCCCUGUUCCUCGUCGUGCCUCCAAAGAGUCUUUGGCAUCUCUGAGAAGGUCACCCUCUGCUCCCAAAUUUGAUGCAGACGAAACAGGGUCCUCUGGAGAAGCCAUGAGCAUCGUCACUCCUCCUCUCAGUCUAAAGAGUCUCCCCUUCAGAGAAGGGGCUACGAGGGGUAAAGCCACAUUUGGGCUUUUCGGUGGAACAACUACACCAGUCAAGCCGCAGGAGAGGUCUGGGAGGGUAUCACCUACCCUCUUUGGGCGCCCACGUGAGAGGCCUGGGAGCAGUAAUGCUUCUAAGCCUAUCCCCAGCCCAUCAGCAGGAGCUAGGACGUCAUCUGCGCCGCCUCAUUCAAGCCUCAACUCGAGCACGCCGACCUCGCCGCCUGAGAAACCCAAAGGCGGUUUGGUGGCUGCUGCCUUGUCUUCUGCUCGUGCAGCAAGUCCUGCAUUGGCAGCGGCAGCUGGGUUUGUCCCUCAGAGCGUGGGUCAUGUCAGUGAAGCAGAGCUCAUGAGGCGAAGGAGAAUGGAGGCUGUCUACGGGAUUGGAGGAACUGCCAGUGGCGCUAGUAGCGAAGGGGAGGAUGAGUAG